GUCAACAUUCGUUGAUCAGAUGUAACCUUCCAGUCCUACAGGUGGCGCUGCAGGAUUCCAGUGUUAGUGUUCGCGCAGUUACAUGUGACAUUGAGGGAGCAGAAGCGGUAACCAUGAGACUGACGGCCCUCCUGGCAGCAGCCCGGGUCGUCAUACCCAAAGAUUACCGCUACGGGAUGAACAGGCCAUGGACCGCGGCCGCAAAGAGGCUCAAUCCAGCGGGCAAGAGGAGGAAGAAGGUCUUCGUGGAGCCCAUAGCUAACGAGGACUGGUCUGUUCUCCGAGGAGACACCGUUGAGAUCCUAGCCGGGAAGGACAAAGGAAAACAGGGGAAAAUCGUUCAAGUCUUCAGACACAGAACCUGGGUCAUAGUGGAAGGACUUAACACGCAUUACAGGUACAUUGGAAAAACUGGAGAUUACCGGGGGUCCUACAUCACCAGUGAGGCGCCCAUCCUGCUGCGGGAUGUCGCCCUAGUUGACCCUUUUGACAGGAAGCCUUCUGAUGUGGAAUGGCGGUACACCGAGGAGGGAGAAAGAGUCAGAGUCUCGCUCCGAACCGGUCGCAUCAUCCCCAAACCUGUCGUAGAGCGGCGGGAUGGCAUCGUGCCACAACAGUGGAAAGAUGGUCCCAAAGAUACCAGCCCAGAGGACACGCUUGAAAAGACCUACACGCCUUCCCUGAAGACCCUGGAGGAAGAGGUCAUGGAGAAGAUGGGCAUCCAGGAGGACAGGAGGCACCGGCGGUCCUACUGGUACUAAAUGGCAGAGACUCUUGUUUCCCAUUUUUUUCAAGGCUCUCUGAACACGCCUCAUAAUGCUAGGCUGAAUGGUUUAUUUGCUUCUUCAUUUAAACUCUACAUUGUUAUGUUACGAAUAAAUGUCAUGCCACCACCUUAACAACACUCUAGAGACAAAAAUGGAAUAAAUUCUUGUGAUGUAA